UUUACCGCUUUAAAAAAGCUACUUUUAAAAAUGUCUCUAUCUUCCCCAAUUAUCAAAACACAAAUCCCAGCUUCAUCUGACACUAAAACAACAACAAAUAAUAAUAUAAACAGCCAAAAACAACAAAAUUUGGUGAAAAAUAAAAAUUCAAACGGAGGGAAUUUUCACUCAAUUUCCCUCCGUUCUCCAGCUAAUCAACCCGUUGUGCUUAGUUUUGAAGGAAAUUAUUACAAUAACAAUGACACUAAUGGUGACGUUGCUACAAAAUUGAGAGUGGAAGAAAAUAGGAAAAAUAGUGAGGAGAGAAAAUCUAAAGAUGUUAUUUACAUCCCUCAAACAAAAAUCAACGAAAUGCCAAGAUCCUGGAUUUCAAAUUUCUGCCAACGGCCAUUAGCUAGUCGGCGUUUUUUGCUUUGUUUGGUUGCUCUACUUUCUCUUCUAGCCAUUUUAUUAAUUAUUUCACUUGUUUUUGUUCUUCUUUCUGUUAGAUGGCCAAACGGGGAAGAAAACGAUGAUGUUGAUUUUCUUAACAAACAUUCAAGUUGGCAAUAUAGUUGUGAUCACAAAUGCAAUGCAAACUUUUCUGUGCCUCCUCUACUAAUAAUUAGUAUGGACGGGUUUCGAGCAGAUUAUUUAAAAAGAGGAAUAACCCACUCUGUCUCUCGCAUUCUCGAAUGCGGGUCUUCGGCACAAUAUAUGCUUCCUUCAUUCCCUUCAAAAACAUUCCCGAAUCAUUUUACUAUUGUAACUGGACUAUAUCCAGAAUCACAUGGAAUUGUUGACAAUCAUUUUUAUGAUGAAUAUAUGCCUAAUGAGGUGAAGAAUUUUGCAAAAUCAUCGCGCAAUCCAGCUUGGUAUAACGGAGAGCCGAUUUGGAAUACUGUAGCAAAAAAUGGAAAGAAAUCAGCAGUUUUCUUUUGGCCAGGGAGCGAAGUGGCAAUUCAAGGAAUUUUGCCUACUUACCGCUUCGCCUACGACUCGUCUAAGCCCUUUUUUACACGAGCCAGACAGCCUGAUACAGCUAUGCAUCGGGAAGGCCCCGACUCGGAUGCAGUUAAUUCUGCUUUAAUUUAUGUGGAUGCAAUGAUUAAUUAUUUAAUGCAUCAGUUGGACGAUAACGGUCUACUGGGAUGCAUCAAUAUAGUAAUCCUUUCAGACCAUGGUAGAUAA